AUAAAAGUUGAGAAGAAUUCCGUCCAAAUUAAGUAUGUACUUUUUUUAUGGUAAAGUGGAGCUUCAUCUUCUUUUGAGUGUUCAAAGUAGUGAAGGAGACUGUGUCGGUAAAGGGAUGGUUACAAGAGAAUAGUAUCAGCAAUUCAAUACAGAAGAUGUAUUCUCAAGAAUCAUCGGACAAAAAUAUCCUCUUCAAACCCAACAUGGCUUUAGUUAUCAGCACCCUGAAUGGCGCUUCGCAUGCCAAUCGCGUCCAUGAUUUCCAGCUUCAGGUUAAAUGGCGCCAUCAUGGGGCUAGGCGCCCUCUGUGUGUGCAACUCCUUUCAGGCGUUCAGCAGUUGGCGCCAUGGUUGGCUUGUAUUGGACAAUGCCACAUUCCACCCAAAAGUUUCUCACUUGCAGGAUCAAAGAUGGUCUCACGAGGAGUCCCUCAAAUUCUGGAUACUUCACCCCAAGCUAUCUGAUGGACAGUCUGCACAGAAGGGAAUAAUGGAUUUUUAAAGCGACAGAGAAACUUUCUUGUUAAGCUGAAGUUUUUUUGUUUGCUGGUUUUUUUACAGAGUAUAGAUGCCAUGUUAGACAUGACGUUGAAAUUGUACUACUUGUAAUUACUUUUGUGGUGCACUAACUUAGUGCUUAUCCAUCUAUAAUAAUAUACCUUAUGAUGUAAUAUUUUAAUUAUAUUAUACUAACAUAAUAUUCUCUCUC